CUUUGGAAGCUCCACGUUGUUGAGUGAGUCGGUAGAAGAAGCAAUCCUUUCUUUUUCCUUUUUCCUUUUUUUUCCCCUAAAUUUCUUUUGCUUUUUUAGCCAAUUCAUAGUGGAGGAUGGAAUUCUGCUUUUUUUUAUAUAUCUUAGCUUUUUAAGCUUAACGUAAGUCGGCCUGUGUGGUUCGUCUUCUCCCUCUUCCACCAUUCCGAGCGUUUGUUUCCUCGAGAAGAAAUAAAAAUAGAGACAAGGCAGCUGCCAAAACCCAAUUGUUCGCCACCAUCGAUCCAUUGUUUCAUUGUUCCAAUUCUUUCUCUCUUUAGAGGUGAAGAGAUCCGAGGUUUUUCCGGCCAUCGCCGGUGGAUUCUGAAGUGGCGUCGGCGGAAUGAUCUGAUCUCCCUCCAAGAUAACUAUACUAAUCCAAUUCGAAAGGAGUAGCGGAGGGGAUCGGUCUCCAUCGAGAGAAGAUGAUGUCCACGAGGAGAAAGGGCAUGGCGCCGGCAAAGGCCAAGCCGGCAUUCAUCCCGGUCAUAGAAUCUCCGACCACCGCCGCAGCCGCGACGGUGGGCGAGUGGGAGGUCCGGCCCGGCGGUAUGCUGGUCCAGAAGCGGGACCCCGACUUCGCCGCCGCCGCCGCCGCCCCCGUUCCCACGAUCCGCGUCCGCGUCAAGUUUGGCGCCGUCUACCAUGAGAUCUACCUCAGCUCCCAAGCCACCUUCGGGGAGUUGAAGAAGCUACUGUCGGCGAGGACGGGGCUACAUCCGCAGGACCAGAAGCUGAUAUAUAAGAACAAGGAGAGGGACUCCAACGCCUAUCUCGACGUCUCCGGCGUGAAGGACGGGUCCAAGAUGGUGGUGGUGGAGGACGCAGCCGCCCAGGCCAAGCGGUUUCUGGAGAUGCGCCGCCAGGCCAGGAUCGAGAAGGCCUCCAAAUCCAUCUCCCGGAUCAGCCUCGAAGUCGACAAGCUCGCCCCUCAGGUGUCGGCAUUGGAGACGGUCAUAUCCAAAGGAGGCAAGGUGCCGGAGAAAGAUGUGCUGAGCCUUAUCGAGCUGCUGAUGACUCAGCUGGUUAAGCUGGAUGGCGUCGUCGCCGAUGGCGAUCUGAAGCUCCAGAGGAGAAUGCAGGAGAGGAGGGUGCAGAAGUAUGUGGAAACACUGGACGUGCUCAAGAUGGAGAAUGCGAUGCCGAGGGCGGCCAAUGAGCAAAUGCCGGCACGGCAACCGCAGAAGCAGCAGCCAAAGAAGCAAGCGCCGCCGUCAGUGGUGGUGACAACGAAAUGGGAGACGUUCGAUUCGCUGUUCUCGCCAACCGCCGUCGCCUCGACGGCGACCUCGACCUCGGGCAGCUCGACCGCAUCAUCCGCUCCCACCCCAAAGUUCGAUUGGGAAUUGUUUUGAGUACAGAAAAGAUAGAUAGGAAUAAUCCGGUUAGGGGAAGCUUUGCCUGGCCUCAGGUGGAUGGACGGUGCCGUAUGCGAUUGGGUUUGGUUGAUCUUUUUUUUUUUUUCGUUUACUUUUCUUCUUUCCAAUAAAACAAGCUUCCUCUACCGUUCUUUUUGCUUGUGUACAUAUGGAAUGUGGAGGAGGUUCUGGUCUAUAAAACUCUCCUAUCAGGGAACGACGUUACAAUAAAAAGGGUUUAAUUAUGAUGAUGGAAA